GGCAUGGGACUCCCCAGAGAAAUGCGAUGGGAAGGUGGGAGGUAAAGAGAGGCUUUCAAGUGACUUUUUCCUCUGUGGCUGUACUCGGUCACGGAGCUCUCUGAGGAAGUGCCACCUGCCUCCCGCUGUUGCUGCUGCCGCCGCCGCUCCUCUCCAGUUAAUCAGACUAGAGCGUUGUCGCAGCCUCCCUCACCCGCACUUCCCUCGCAAGUGCCCGUCUCCCCUGAGAGGUGUCUCUCAUUUCUGCCUCUCUCUCCUCCCCUUUCCACCGAUCUCCGUGCAAUUCUCGUCAGCUGUGGACAGCUCUCCUUCUCUCUCUUUCUCCCUUCCCUGCUGCGUGUCUCUACCUCCUCUUGGCUCUGUGCAUCGCUCCAUCCAUCCAUCCUCCCUCUCUCUCUGCACGGGUGUGUGCGCGCAUCUCUCUCCUCCCGGCGGCUGCCACCCCGCGCCCUACAAGCGCAGCGCUGCCCGGAGGAGCCGCCGCCGCCGCCGCCGCUGCCAGGAGAGGGGCCGCCUCGCCAUCCCGCCACCGCCGCCGCCUGGCCCUGCCUGCCGCCGUGACUCCCGCCUCAGCCCGCGCCCGUCCCCCGCCCGCCGCGGCACCAUGUCCGGCUCCGGCAGGAAAGACUUCGACGUGAAGCACAUCCUGCGCCUCCGCUGGAAACUGUUCAGCCACCCCUCGCCGGCGGGCGGCCCGGCGGGGGGCGGCUGUCUGCCGCCCGACAGCAGCUUCGAGCACUGGGGACCGAGCCAGAGCCGCCUCCUGAAGAGCCAGGAGAGAGGCAACGGCGUCUUCUGGAAGAAAUCCGCCUCUUCCUCCUCCUCCUCGGCGGCCACCACGGCCAGCCCUCCCAACGGGACGCUGCUGCCCGCCGGAGGCCGGCCGGCCACGGGCUACGGGCCGGGACCGCCGCCGCCUCGCACCGUCUUCUACGUGGAGUCCCUGGAGGAGGAGGAGGCGGAGGCGGUGCCCGGCGGGAUGGAGGUGGCCUGCGAGCCCGAGAAGCCCCUGGCGCCGGCGGAGCACGAGGAGGCACCGGGGGGCUGCGCGGAUGGAGGCGGCCGGGCAACAGGUGACGGAUGCGGACACAGACUGUCAGGAGCCAGCCACUCCUUGCCACCCCACUGUGACAUGGAUUCGUGUAGCUCCGAGGAAUUCUACCAGGCUGUUCACCAUGCAGAGCAAACCUUCAGAAAGAUGGAGAGCUACUUGAAGCAGCAGCAGCUCUGUGACGUUAUCCUGAUUGCUGGGGACCGCAAGAUACCUGCCCAUAGACUUGUCCUCAGUUCUGUCUCUGACUAUUUUGCUGCCAUGUUUACAAGUGAUGUUUGUGAAGCCAAGCAAGAAGAGAUCAAAAUGGAGGGCAUAGACCCCAAUGCACUGUGGGAUCUUGUUCAGUUUGCAUAUACAGGCUGCCUGGAAUUGAAAGAAGACACCAUUGAAAAUCUUCUAGCAGCUGCCUGCCUCCUUCAGCUUCCUCAAGUAGUAGAGGUUUGCUGCCAUUUUCUAAUGAAGCUUUUGCACCCAUCCAACUGUUUGGGAAUACGAGCAUUUGCUGAUGCACAAGGAUGCACAGAGCUUAUGAAGGUGGCUCACAACUACACCAUGGAGAAUAUAAUGGAAGUGAUAAGAAAUCAAGAAUUUUUACUUCUACCAGCUGAUGAGCUGCAUAAACUUCUUGCUAGUGAUGAUGUGAACGUUCCUGAUGAAGAGACCAUUUUCCAUGCCUUAAUGAUGUGGGUGAAGUAUGAUAUGCAGAGGCGAUGCAACGACCUAAGUAUGCUACUUGCUUAUAUCAGAUUACCACUCCUUCCACCUCAG